AUGCGCGAGCGUCUUGACGCUUACUCUAUUGCGUCCAAGGCACGUCACCAACAGCGGUUUCAGGAAAGUAAACUUGAGCUGGAGCCUAACAUGCUGCUUACAAUGACAAGUAGGAGGCUUGUCCCCGUUCUGAAGACAUGGUGCAGAUGCUUAAACAUAUUCUCUGGUUCAUCUGCUGCCAGUUGGAAUAAAGUUGUUUCGGAUGCGGAGAAAAUAGUAGGGUAUCCGACUUCAUUUAUGAGUUUGCGAUGCUUACUGAGUGAUGAGCUUAGUAAUGUUGCUUUAGAGGUUAGAAAGUUAGUGGGAACCAAACAUCCAUUAUUAAGUACAGCUAGGGGAUUUGUGUAUGAUAGCCAGAAUAGCCUACAGAUGAGAGGGCUAGUUGUCUUGCUUGUUUCAAAGGCAGCUGGCCCUACAACGAUGGCAGCUUCGUCUCCGCAGCAGGACAUGGUCAGUGGAAUAUAUCCCAGCCAGAGAAGUUUAGCUGAGAUAACAGAACUGAUCCACACUGCUUUCCUGGUACAUCGAGGGAUAGUAAACCUUCGAGAGUUACAGAAUUUGGAUGCUUCAGUAAAAGAUAUGCAGUUUGGAAAUAAAAUGGCAGUCCUGAGUGGAGACUUUCUUUUAGCCACUGCCUGUACAGGUUUGGCACAACUGCAAAACCUUAUGGUUAUGGAACUAAUAUCUACAGCAAUAUGUGAUUUGGUGCAGGGCAUUUACUAUGAAAAUGCUUCUCUUGGAGAGAACAAUAAAGUUACAGAUGAUACUGAUUUGUCAGACUGGGAGGAGCGCACAUUUCUGUCUCAUGGAUCCUUGUUAGCAAAAAGUUGCCAGUGUGCCAUGGAACUAGCCAAACAUGAUGUUGACAUCAAAACAAUGGCAUUUCAGUAUGGAAAACACAUGUCAAUGAGUCACAAGAUCAACAUGGACCUCCAACCAUUUUUUCGAGAAAACAUGAGUGAGAAGGUAACCUUCAAUAUGAAUUCAGCCCCUGUCAUUUUCCAUCAAGAAUUCAUUGGCCGAGAAGCAUGGCUAAAUCAAAUUAAACAGGUGAACCUUCAAAGAAAAGCAGCAGACUACACAAAGUUAUAUGAAGUAAUCAAGGCUGGCAAAGGUGUGAAUUCUGCUGUUGACCUAGGCCGUUACCACGGAAACAAAGCACUAGAGGCCCUGAAGUGUCUUCCUCCCUCUGAGGCCAAAUCUGCUUUAGAAAAUAUUGUGUACGCAGUGACUAAGUUUUGACAGAAAUUCAGCUAUAUCAUUUUACAUUUUCAUUGACUGUAUAUAUGUAAGUUUGUAUAUGCAGAAUAUUCUCUGAAGUUAUGAAAGUCUAUUUCAGUUAUGUUUUUUGUUUUUGUUUUCCUCUGCCUGCAAAAAAAAAAUUCUAUAUUUAUACCACAGUUUGGAACAAACAUGACCUGCUCUGCAUAGCUGCAAACAAAUUACAAAAUAAGGUCAAACAUUUUUCACUUGUCAUGCCAGAAGCACACUUGAGGCAGCAGCAACAGAAAUAAUUAAUGAGAGUUGCUUCUGUGACCUAAGCAAAUGGACAGGAAAUCAGGCCUUAUUGAUUGGACAUAGCCAGGGAUGGCGCCAGUGUGGUGGCCUGUGGUUUUCUUACACUCAAAAGGAUGAAGGGGGUGUGAAGAUGCAGGUGUCACAAGAAAACAUUUGCUAAACCUUGCCUGACGGAAGGCUUCUGUGUCAGAAAUUAAUAUUGUAAUCUAGUAACAUGAAGGGCAGCUCAAUGAAUGGGAAUAUUUUCCAUGCCUCUAUGCUGCACAUGUACUCUUACAAAACUGCUUUUUUUUUUUUUUUUUUUUACAAAGUACGAUAAAAAAAAUGCUGUCAAGAAAUGAAUACUGUAUUCUGUGAAGAAAGAGUGGUUUCCUGAAUGGUAAGUGGGAAUUUCCAGCAGAUUUACUUCAUACAAAGUCAGUGAUUUACAGAGGAUGGAGUACAAUGUUUCUUUCCUCAUUGAUAAAUUAAACCUGUUGAAUAAAAGCCACAAUUAACCUGCAGUAAAACACAAUUGAUUUUUACUAGAUAUUUGUUUUGAUAAAUCUAUAUUAAACACUGAAAGUGAAUACUCCAAAAUGCAUUUAUUGGAAACAAAUAAAUCUGGUGAUAUUCAUGUUGGCAUGUCAGUGCAGCAUAUCUUUUCCCUGUUAGCAUCGCUGCUUUCUGUUAUAUCACAACAAGUUUUAACCUUUGGAUGUCUGAAUUUUGUAACUGUUGAACCACAAGACCCCGCUGACACAAGGAGAGUAUGAAAAACCAGAAGCCCCGUAACCCGAACCUGUCUCUGUUUUGUGCUUUGAGAUGAUUUUUGUGGGUUGCACGCAUGCAACCUGAGAGCAUCGUUGACAAGAAAGCUGAGUUUACAAAAAUGAUCUUGAGUGGGUCUCAGCUACCUUUCUUCCUUCAGUGGUGUAAUUACACCCCAAUCUGGCAGACAGCACAGCAAACAUAUUUUGUUACAUCACUCAGUCAGUCACUAAGUAGAGUUACCUUCUUAGAGAUGCACAAAAAAGCAGAUAUAAAAUAUCUUCUGUUGUUGUUUGUUAGACACAUACAACAAUACAACCCUUUUAGAAAUUAAUAAACCUGUCUGAAGGAAAAUGGCUGAGGGAAAAUAAAAAUACUGUUCUCACAACUGUAAGAAUUUAUCAUUAAAUGUUCUGCUUGCUAUAAACAUAA